AUGGCUGGACAUCUCCUCAAAGUCGCACUCAUCUGCACUCUUGUUGCUGCCCUACAUGCCGCACCUGCACCACAACCUGCCGCUGCUGGCGCUCAGGCGCGUACUUUUGGCGGCCUAGGCUUGGGCGCUGGGUUUGGUCUGGGCAUUGGUGGUUAUGGUGGCUUAGGAGGUUAUGGUGGCUACCCUGGCUACUACGGUGGCUAUCCAGGCGGUUAUGGCGGCUAUUAUGGCAGACCCGGUUUCGGUGGUGGCUAUUACCCAGGCUAUGGUGGCGGAUAUGGCGGCUAUGGCAAUUAUGGUGGCUCCUUCAGUCAGUCCCAAAGUCAGUCGAACAGCCAUAGUGGCUACUACAACGGUGGUUUCGGUAAUGGUUUCUUUGGUUAA